CCCACGUCUCUGCGUUCCUUCCUCUCCCCCUCUUUAACAAUCUGCCAUGGCCUGUAAACACGUCGACGCUCCGGAGCUUCAUGCCCCCGGGCCAACCCAGUCUGUUUACCGUGAAGACUGCACACAGUGCUUUGACUCAAUAGACGACCCCUCUGGCUUAGAUGUUUGCCUCUUCUGCUUCAACGGAGGCUGCACCGGCGACAGGAGCCACUCUCUCCUCCAUCAUGUCUCGAGCAAGCAUCCCCUUGUCCUCAACAUCAAGCGUACUAGGAAGAAGGUCAAGCGGGACGAGCCACCCCAGAAGAUCUCUAAGCUCUCCAUCGCCGCCGAGACGGAAUCGGACCGCUACGACACGACCACCCAAGUCAAAUGUUACGAAUGUGGCAUCGACGACGUUGAUCGGACCUCGGGCAAGCUCUCCAAUGUUGUGGACGCUGUGCUAAAGGCAAAUACAUUCGCUAGGCAGGAGGAAGUGAAGGCGUGGGAGCAAGAGUUGACGGCAUGCGAGCACACGCUGUAUUUGGAACAGCAACCUGCGAGAGUGAUCGAGUCUCAAAGCCUUGGCCAUUGCUCCAAGUGUGAACUGAACGAGAAUCUGUGGUUGUGUCUCACAUGUGGCAACCUUGGCUGUGGUAGAGCUCAAUUCGGAGGGACCGGAGGAAACUCCCAUGGUGUUGCACAUACCCAAGACACUGGUCAUCCUGUGGCGGUCAAGCUUGGUUCCCUGACGGCAGAUGGCACCGCUGAUAUCUACUGCUACUCUUGCGACGAGGAACGAGUGGAUCCGGAGCUCCCAGAUCAUCUGAUGCACUGGGGGAUCAACAUCAAGGACAGAAUCAAGACGGAGAAGAGUCUCACAGAGAUGCAGGUUGAGCAGAAUCUGUUGUGGGAAUUCUCUAUGACUACAGAGGAUGGGAAGGAGCUGAAGCCGCUUUUUGGUGCUGGAUUCACCGGACUGAAGAAUCUUGGUAAUAGCUGUUAUCUGGCAAGCGUGCUUCAGAGCCUGUUCGCCAUGCCAGAGUUUUCAGAGCGGUAUUAUCUUCCUAAUGAAGCACCCCCGAACACAUCCACCCCCGCAGAAGACUUGGAAACGCAGUUGCGGAAGCUGGCAGAUGGUCUGCUCUCUGGACGCUACUCCAAGCCUGAUAGCGAUAUUGUUGUCUCGGAGCACACGCCAGAAGUACCACACCAGAAAGGCCUUGCUCCUGCUAUGCUCAAGCAUCUUAUCGGACGAGGACAUGCCGAGUUUUCCACAAUGAGACAACAAGACUCUUUCGAACUACUCCUUCACCUCCUGAAGCUCAUCACGCGCUCGCAGCACCCAUCAGGCUUGAAGGAUCCUGUGGAGGCUUUCCGCUUCGUCAUGGAGCAGCGACUACAAUGCCUAAACUGCAAGAAAGUGCGAUAUCGUACUGACGAGCAGGAGAACAUCUCAAUCCCCGUGCCCAUCAGGAGAGUUCCAAAGGAAGCCAAGAUGGAUGUAACCGAUAGCGAAGGCAAAGAUAAGGAGAAGGAGGAGUUCGAACCUGUGACUUUGAAAGAGUGCCUGGACAUCUUUACAGCUAACGAAAUGGUUGAGCUCACCUGCUCUUCUUGCGGCAGCACAGACGGCUUUCUGAAGAAAUCGCUCUUCAAGACUUUCCCUACAGUGCUAGCAGUCAAUGCACGUCGCUUCGAGUUGGUCAAUUGGGUUCCCACUAAGCAGGACGUUCCGGUCCUUGUCGACGACGAACCAUUCUCCUUUGAUGCCUACAAAUCCCAUGGACUCAGCGAUGGCGAAGAGUUGCUUCCGGAAGAUACUAAUGUCGGAAGUGCUCCCAAGUGGGUGCCAAACGAGGCUGGCCUGGCAAUGCUAGAGGCAAUGGGCUUCCCGCGUGUCAGGUGCGAGAAAGCGCUACAUGCUACAGGAAACGCGGAUCCAGAAGCUGCCUCUAAUUGGCUGUUCUCUCAUAUGGAAGACCCUGAUAUUGAUACGCCUAUCGACUUCAAUGCCGGUGCUGGCGCCGGGGGUGCAGCGUCAGCUAUUGAUCCGGAGAAGAUCGAGUCUCUGUGCAACAUGGGCUUUGGCGCCCCUCAAUCUCGACAGGCGUUGAAGGAAACUGGUGGCGAUGUUGAGAGGGCGGUGGACUGGCUGUUCAAUCAUCCUGACGCUGUUGGUGACUUCGAUGACGACAGCGGUAGCAAGGUACGAAUCAUCAUCUUGACCUUCUCUCUAUCUAUUAUAUUUGAAGCCCUAGAGACUGACCAUGUCCACCGUAGGAUGGCCCCUCAACCGAACCAGCUGCAAAGUUCGUUCCUGGCAGUGACAAGCUGCCUGCAACAUUCAAGCUGGAAUCUAUCGUCUGCCACAAAGGAAGCUCGAUACAUGCUGGGUAAGCAGCCAGUUACAGAAUCUGCCAUUUCCUUCAAAAGCUAACAUGAUCGAACAGGCACUACGUAGCAUUUAUUCGAAAGAACAUCCCAGAAGACAACGCCACGUCGUGGGUGCUCUUCAAUGAUGAAAAGGUGGCCAAAGCAGGC